AUGACAUCCGCGAUUGUAGAGGAUAAUCAACACCAAUUAAAUGAAAAAUUAUUUGACAUUGACGAGGAUGAUCAGUUUAAUCGGUUUUUAAGUGUCUACAAUAGAGUGGAAUCUGUGAACAAGUACACGCUCUCCUUCUUAUCUGGUUUUGAAAAGAGAGAUUUCACAUCGACCCAGCAAGUCAAAUUGAUUUCUGAUUUCUUAUCUUUCAUCGCUGCAGAAAUGCGUAAAUCCAAUCAAUUUGAUGAUCUCGAUUUGGCUUUGGAUUCCAUCGAUAAGCUGAUACAUAUUAAGCUAUAUCCUCGAACUUUUAAUCCUAAAUUUGAUGAUCUAGCAAAGGACCAAGUGCUUGAACAGCGAAUAAGAAUAUUCAACUGGAUCAACCUUGAAAACCUCGAUCUAUACUUUGAUUUAGGUGAAACAUUCAAACUUGCUACACAUCAAUUACACUCAAUAAACAAAUACCAUUGCCCAAAGGAUAAGAAAUUAGUCAUCUUGAACACUUCAAUUAUACUCACUAGCAUACUCAACAACUCACCUGCAACUACCUCAGCUGAUAGCUUACUUCCACUCUUCAUCUACACGCUUCUACAAUCUAAUCCGCAACAUUUGAUCAGCAAUAUUGAUUAUAUACAACGUUUCACUGAUAGCGAGCAGUUGUCUGGUGAAGUGGGCUACUACUUCUACACUAUCACAGCUGCUGUUUCUUUUAUCAGCAAUUUAGAUCACAAAGCCUUGUCGAAUAUAGAUAAAGAGGAGUUUGAGAGGCGCGUCGCAGAAGCUAUAUCCCAAUUACCAUCCACACCUCCACCUUCUCCAAUUAAAUCGACACCCACAACACCUCAACUCAACCUAGCAAACGAAUCCAGGCAGAUGUUUCAAAGAACUACCCAAGGGAUUGGCAAGAUAGGUAAGCUGCUCGGUGAAGUGGUUGAAGAGGGUGUUGAUAAGCUAACCAAUUCGACCUCUCCGAAGCGCAACGGGAAUGGGGUUGAGGUGGAGAGUGUUGGUGAUACCAGGCGUGAAAACACUCAAUUAGAACGGUCUCAUUCGCAAUACCUUGAGGAGAUGGAGCGUUCUCGACAGCAGUUCAACAAGUCACUUGAGACACUGCUGCAGAUAUUCCCUCACGUUGAGCCAGGAGUGUGCGAAAUGAUACUCAAUGCUGAGCACGGUAAUUUAGAAGAGGCAGUAGACAAAUGCCUAGAAGUUUCCAACACGGUCUAA